AUGCCUACCGAAUCCCUCACCAAAGCCCAACGCAUGACGUACCGCAUCGGCCGCGGCGAAACCGGCGUCCUAACCUUCGAGCCGUACAAAUCCUCCAUCCUGCCUCUCUGGCGCUUCAAAACUCCUUCUAUCGCGCACCAAUCUUCAUCUGCAAUCUACAAAAAGUUCCUACACUACAACGACGAGGACGACUUCAUUGGCAUGGACAUGGCGCGUAAGUUCUUGCAAAUGGGCAUGACGCGUGCGAAGAGGUACGCGAAUCAUGCUGGGGGUAGGAAGUAUGAUAAGAAGACGGGACGGGAGUUGGAGAAGAGCACAGGACAUGUGGGUAUGAAUGAGAAGUUGGAGGCGAGUGAAGUGUUUAGGGGUGUGUGGGAGAGGGCAAAGGCGCAUGAGGGGUAUCAGAUGAAGAAGGAGGCGUUUUUGAAGGAGCAGAAGGAGUGGGAUAGGGAAAGGAAGAGGGAGUGA